AAGAGGUCAAUUAAUAAAAAUGUUAAUUGAUUUUUUUUUUUUAUUUGUUUAACAAUAUGUGAAACUUGAAAAUAUAUAUUAUUUUAUUAUCUUAGAAAAAUUUGUUGUGUAACAUUUCUCUUCCGUAUUAAUUUUGUUUUAUCAAGAUCGUCAAAGAAAAAUUUCCCUCAUUUUGUAAUAUACAAGUGAAUUGACGAGGGUAAACAUUUUAACAUAGAUAACAAAUGUUUCUGACAAAUAAGAUAAAGAUGACGUUGACAAAAAUUGGUUCAUCUUCGCGCACUUAAAAAAAAAAAAAUGUUACGAGAAAAAUUACUACUGUUCAUUUUUGUCGAAAUUGCAUUCAAGAAUCAUGAGUUCGAACAAAAAACAGGGGUCCUCUUUAAUUCAAUACACGGCUGCAAUUACAGGUUCCCUAACGGCUUUAGGUUAUGGUCUCAAUCUAUCAUGGACAUCGCCUGUUAUUCCCUAUUUGACGAGUAAAAAAUCUCACAUGCCAGUGCCAAAGGAACAAAGUGACAUUAUAUCAUCGAUAUUUACAAUUGGCCUAAUUUUGGGAUAUCUUGUAAAUCCAAUAAUAAUUGAUCGUGUCAGUCGUAAAAAAACCCUAUUAAUUUAUACAAUACCACAAAUUUCAUCGUGGUUAUUAAUAAUUUUUGUGAAAAAAUUCAGUGCCCUAUUAAUUGGACGAAUUCUCACUGGAUUUGGUUAUGGUGGUGCAAUAUGUGCACUCACUGUUUAUCUUUCAGAAAUUGGAAAUAUAAAAAAUCGUGGCAUAUUUCUCGUUAUGAUACCAGUAUUUUUAAAUCUUGGUUUUUUAUUUGUCAUGAUAUUGGGAGCAUUUUCAACAUUUAAUAUUCUCAAUUUUGUAAUGCUUCUAGUGCCAACAAUCUUUUGCGUCACAUUUGUCUUUAUGCCAGAUUCAUCAUAUUUUCGUGAGAAAAAUGAAAAUGAUAAAAUGAUGAAAUUAAUGAAUACACGAGAAUUGAAUGAUAAUGAUGAUAAUUUGGCAAAAUGUGAGAAAUUAAAUUUAGAAUAUUCUCGAAUUGAUGAGAAGAAAUAUAUUGAGAAAAAGGAGGAGGAAGAAGAGGAGGAGGGAAAUUUUUAUGAGAGAAAUUUUAAAUUAAAUGAAAUGAGAAUUUAUAAAUUAAUAGCAAAUAAAAAUAAUCGAAAGGCAUUAUUGAUUGUUAUUAUUUUAGCGGCAACAAUGACAUUUUCUGGAUCGGUUAUUGUUAUGUUUUAUACACAACAAUUAUUGUCCUAUAGUGGAUUUUCAAUGAAAGCUGAAGAAUGUACAAUUAUUUUAGCGGGAAUAACAAUAAUUGCAUGUCUAUUAAGUAUUCCUCUUGUUGAAAGAAUAAGAAGAAAAAUAAUUCUUCUCUAUUCGGGAAUAUUGGCAAGUAUUGCUAUGACAUUUGUGGGAAUAUUUUUUAUGUUGGAAUAUCAAAAUUUUGAUAUUUCACAAUUGAGAUGGAUGCCACUAUUUGGAUUGACAAUUUAUCAAUUUACAAAUGCAUUUGGUUUUUUGAAUUUAUUUUAUAAUUUUCAAUGUGAAUUAUUUACGCCCGAUGUGAAAAGUCAAGCGGUGACAGUGUCAAAAAUUAUUAUAACAUUUUUCAUGUUUUUAGCAUUGGUUAGAUUUCAACAAUUGGUCGAUAUAUUGGGAUUGCAUGUAAUUUUUUUUGUAUUUGCAAUAAUUGUGGCAUUAGGGACAUAUUUGAUUUUUAAAAUUGCACCUGAAACACAGGGAAAAAGUAUUGAGGAAAUACAAUUGAUGUUGAAAUCACGAAAGUUUUUUAUAUAAAAAAAGAAGGCAUCAUUUUUUUAUUUGGAAUUUUAGCCAUAGAAAAAAAAAUUAAUAUUUGUUAAUAAUAAUUUAAUAUUAUUUAAUUUAUUUUGUAAUUGUAAUUUUUUAAGUUACUCAACGUUUUAUUUAUGUACUCAAUAUGAAUAAGUUACUUUUAUAGGUUAUGUGAAAAUAGGUGGCAAUUUUUUUUUUUUUUAUAACCCUACGCUGUGUACAUUUUUAAAACAUAUUUUUAAUAAAAAGAUCUGACAUUUAGGAUGUAAAAAAAUAAAAUAUUGUUUCAAAUUUUGGUUUGACAG